CGAAACCAUGGCGACCACGACGGCGUCUACCGCUAUUGCGGCACCAACGGAGGCUUCUUCUGCCCCGAUCUAUAUUGACACUCAACACGAAGACCUAGUACACGAUGCUCAGAUGGAUUACUACGGCGCCAAGCUGGCGACGUGCAGCUCCGACCGUACCGUUAAAGUGUACAACGUAUCGGAUUCCGCCUACGAGCUUUCCGCGACGCUCCAGGGUCACGAAGGUCCCGUCUGGCAGGUUUCCUGGGCACAUCCCAAGUUCGGCGUAGUCCUCGCAUCCUGCUCGUUCGAUGGUAGUGUUCUGAUUCACCGUGAAAGCCGACCCCGCGAAUGGACCAUGCUACACGCGGCUCGUCAACUGCACGAUUCCUCCAUUAACGGUGUGGCCUUUGCUCCGCACGAAUAUGGUUUGCAGCUGGCGACGGCGUCCUCCGACGGCAAGGUCAGCGUCCUCCAGCACCAGCCCAACAAUACGUGGGCCGUCGAAUACCUCACGGAUUGCCCCAUGGGUGUCAAUGCGGUGAGCUGGGCACCCUACGGGGCGUACUACGACCCGUCCGCGGCGUCCCCGACGGAUCAGGUCCAGGAACCCCGACUCGUGACGGCAGGAUGCGACAAUGCCAUACGAUUUUGGAAGUGCCAGGACGGUACAACUUGGGUUCCGGAUGAGGCUAAAUUGGAUACCGCACAUCAACACUCGGACUGGGUACGGGAUGUGGCGUGGGCACCCUCGCUACUGCCGAAUCACAAUAUUGUCGCCAGCUGUGCGGAGGACAAGACGGUAUUGAUUUGGAAACAGGAAGGACUGGGACAAGAUUGGAAGCCUACGCUUCUACACCAAUUUGAAGCACCCGUCUGGAGAGUCAGUUGGAGCGUCACGGGACUCCUAUUGGCGGUUUCGUCGGGAGAUUCCGACGUCACCUUGUGGAAAGCGGGGCUAGAUGGACAAUGGACGCAGGUUUCCACCGUGGAAGACACACCUCCUGAGCCGUCGACAUAAGGAGGUUGGCCCGACGGGAAAGCGAAAGGAUUGCUUCGAAACCAAAUAUACGUAAAUAAAGGAUCUUUAUACAAGCU